AUGGCAAGCGUUACAAAUUUCAUAGGAAAUAUCUAUAUAGACGACCCUUUCCUAUUAGACGAUAAUAUCGAAGCAGAAAGUUCUCAUGAAAAUUCCCAUAUUAAUGAAUAUGAUAACCUGGAAACCAGUGACUCCUCACAAGCAGAGGCUGUUGUUGGCGAUAGGUCAUGGUGGAGAGGAUAUCAAGAUGAGCAAAAUGAGCAAGAUUAA